CAUGCAGAAGUCUCAGCAGAGAAAGGUUCCUGUCAUUACUCAGCUAGCAACUCUCAACUCCUGCCAGACCACCAUGACCCAACUCGGCUUCCUGCUGUUUAUUAUGGUUGCCAUCAGAGAGUGCAGUGCAGCCAAAGAGAACCCGGACACUAACAGAUGGGCCCAUCCUUUCUUCUCCUCUCUGUUCAGAAGCUGCAAGGAAAUCAAGCAGGAGGACACAAAGGCACAAGAUGGCCUCUAUUUCCUGCGCACGGAGAAUGGUGUCAUCUACCAGACCUUCUGUGACAUGACCACUGCAGGUGGUGGCUGGACCCUGGUGGCUAGUGUGCAUGAGAACAACAUGUAUGGGAAGUGCACAGUGGGCGAUCGCUGGUCCAGUCAGCAAGGCAGCAGGGCAGAUUACCCCGAGGGAGAUGGCAACUGGGCCAACUACAACACCUUUGGGUCUGCAGAGGGCGCCACAAGUGAUGACUACAAGAACCCUGGCUACUUCGACAUCCAGGCUGAGAACCUGGGGAUCUGGCAUGUGCCCAACAAUAGCCCCCUGGACAACUGGAGGAACAGCUCCCUGCUGAGGUACCGCACCUUCACUGGCUUCCUGCAGCAUUUGGGCCAUAAUCUGUUUGGCCUCUACCAGAAGUACCCUGUGAAAUAUGGAGGCGGGAAGUGUUGGACUGACAAUGGCCCUGCAUUACCUGUGGCCUAUGACUUCGGUGAUGCUCAGAAGACAGCCUCUUAUUAUUCCCCCUAUGGCCAGAAGGAAUUCACUGCAGGCUAUGUCCAGUUCAGAGUGUUUAAUAAUGAGAGAGCGGCCAGUGCCUUGUGUGCUGGUAUGAAGGUCACUGGAUGUAAUUCUGAAGCUCACUGCAUUGGCGGAGGAGGAUUCUUUCCAGAAGGUAACCCCCGGCAGUGUGGAGACUUCGGUGCGUUUGAUUGGAAUGGAUAUGGAACUCACAUUGGGUACAGCAGUAGCCGGGAGAUAACUGAAGCAGCCGUACUUCUGUUCUAUCGCUGAGAGCUCUGCGAGAUGGACCCAGACUUCUUCAAUCUGUGGACACCAAGGCAUGCAGAAAAACUGACCUAGUAACUAGAAUGCUAAUGACCAGGAAAGGAGAAUAAAUCAUGUUCACUGCAAA